AUGUCCAUCUGGGACUCCCUUGGCGGUCGCAAGCAGAAGCAGCCUGAAGCCUACGAUGCUUCGCAAGACGCCACAUCCUUCCUCUCCGAGGUCGCAAUCCCCGAUCCUUCUCGCCUUCACCCUCUUGCUGGUUUGAACCAGGACACCCUCGACUAUCUCUCCCUCGAAGACUCCGCCCUCGAUGAACUCCCCGGCUCCCGAUCAGUGUUGCCAUCCCGUGGAUGGUCAGACGACCUUUGUUAUGGUGCCGGCACUACUUAUCUCGUUGCACUCACUGCUGGAGGCGCAUGGGGAUUGGCAGAAGGAUUGAAUAAGACACCCUCCACGGCACCACCGAAGAUUCGUCUGAACGGUGUCCUUAACUCCGUCACCCGCCGCGGUCCGUUCCUGGGGAACUCUGCCGGUGUUGUGGCUAUGGUUUACAACGGUCUUAACUCUGGUCUUGGAUAUGUACGCGGCAAGCACGAUGCUUCCAACAGCAUUAUUGCUGGUGCACUGAGCGGAAUGGUCUUUAAGAGCACACGCGGUGUCAAGCCUAUGAUGAUCUCUGGCGGCAUCGUGGCUAGCAUUGCUGGCGCCUGGACUGUUACGCGACGGGCCUUCUUCUAG